AUGGCUUCCGACCCGCAGAGAGAAUUUCUGUUUCUCAAUCAGUCUCUAUCUUCCAAACCCCGCUCGCAGAGGGAGAAGGAGCUCCAAGAUGCCGAUCGUCGAGCUCAUGCAGCUCGGAACUCUAGACUCAAGCGACCGGUCCAGCAGGCCGAAGACGAAGCCACCAGCAUGGAAAGCCGCUCCUCCAAGAGACCCAAUCCUCGCCCGGUUGAAGACGUUGAACAAGAUGGGGACGGCCCGGCUCUUCCUUUUGUCAAUCAGCAGCUAGCUGUACGACCCAAGACUCCAGAACAUCCGCAGACGAUGCUCGGGCCAUCUCUCGUGCCAAAGACCCUGACCUCGACCAUUCUUCUAGGUCAGGGCAACCACGAUCCCUUUGACACCGCCUCGGUUAGUGGACUGCCUCCUUUCAUCUACGAUAUGCUGGACCAUGAAUUUUAUGGUUCUGUCGGCGUUGCUGAUUCUCGUGCGAUCUUUCAAGCAUACCGCGUCGUCUGGCCGACCGUGAUGAACCAAGACCCGAAGGACACUCCACAAUACAUGGCCAUCAGACGCAGAGUCGCCCGGGAGACUCCAUUUAUACUUCAUGCACAAAUUGUCAAUGCUGCGUGGCAGAGACUACGGCUGCUUCCGGCCGGUCACCAGUCUCGGUCACUGAUCGCACAAGCAGCAGCGUACCAUGAGCGGAAGGCUCUCGAAACUGUUGCAGACAUGCUGCAGAAGCUCCCAACACCGCCCUGGGAGGGCAUCGUUGUGGCGCUGCUCUUGGUGACAUGGCCGGCGGGAACCCACGCGGAGGGCCCGUCGAAGUAUCCUGUGUCUCCUAUGGCCACAGCGCAGAAUCUCCACCUUUUCAACAACAUGGAAUUGACGCCCGGCAGAAUCCAGCAAAUUCGGCGAUUCUACCACAUCCUCGAGCCUCUAGGUGGUCUGGAUGGACUCUCGGCGCCCGAUCACUUGCAUACCUUCAGCAUUGCGGACACGUUCGUCUCGUCGCGACUCGGCGUCCGCCCUCUUUGGCCAUGGCCCAACAAGCUACACUACGCCUUCGACGCAUUUGACGAUCUUGUGCUGGAUACACCUGCAUUUCAACUGUCUCUGGUAUUGGGCCGAGGCUUCUCUUGCCUGAAAGAUGCUCGGCUUGUACGUCUUCUGAUGAUGGCAUGCAGAACCACGCUGGGAAUUGAUCUGUAUCAGCGGAAGUCUCCUGCAGCACCCUCACUCAGGGAUAUAUCUACGGUUCGGAAUGCCGUGCAGCACCAGCUAUGCUCGCUCGAUCCACCGUCUGAGCUGGUGCCCACACAUGACGACUUGCUCUAUAACAUGGUACGGCUUGCUGCGCUGAUAUACAGCGACCUGGUGCUUUUCCCGAUUGGCGAAUCGGUGAAUCUCAAGUCGCAGCUUGCGUACGACCUGCGCAAAGCGUUGGAACUGUCCUUCACGGGCGAGACACGGGAAACGCAGGCGGAGCGUGAGCUCAUACUCUGGUGUCUGACUAUGGGCACGAUGGCAUCGCACGGGACGGUUCACCAGGAAUGGUACGUUGUGCAGUUGGGGCGGAACUUGCGCGAGGAUCGCCGACUCCUGGACUGGAUUCUAUUCCAGACACUGAUGUCGCAUUUCCUGUGGUGGGACUAUGUGCUGCAGCCGCGGUGCUGGGAUGUCUGGAAUGAGGCGGCGCAACCGGUCCGGGUAGAGGAGUUGAGUUCAGCUCCUUCUGAGAAGCGAGAGGAUGAUCCAUAA